AUGGCUUCUUCGGCCAAGAUUUUACAGACGAACUCGGCGUGGUUUCAGAAGAAGAUCAAUCUGAGGCCGCAGCACCGGGGCGUCCAUCUCGUCACAGAGGAGAUCCUCAGAAAUGUCCCCGAAAUGUCACAAUUCGCAAUGGGAUUGUGUCACAUCCAAAUAUUGCACACGUCUGCGAGUUUGGCGCUGAACGAAAGUUGGGAUCCGGAUGUGAGAGAUGACAUGGAAAUGAUGCUUAACAAAAUUGUGCCGGAGGGUUUGUCGUACAGACACUCGUGCGAGGGCCCCGACGAUAUGCCUGCACACGUGAAGGCCUGCUUCUUGGGCUCAUCGCUGACCAUUCCUAUAACAGAGGGCAAACUUAACCUGGGCACGUGGCAGGGCGUUUGGUUAUGCGAGCAUAGAAACCACGCCGGCUCCAGGAAGCUGCUGCUAACGUUGAACGGAUGCCUGAGGGAUUCCAGUUGCACGCCCUUGUCUCCAGUCAGUCCUAUGGCCAGUACGUCCAGUUAGGGAAGGAACUCGGGGCAUUCGCUGUCCAAGCACUGAAUGGCCUCGAGUCUAAACUCUUCAACAUUGUGGUUAACUUUUGUUAGUGUCACCUACAGACUUAAAAAAAUCUAUGACAAUAUGUACAUAUAUGUUGUACAUUUUUUUUUGUUUUUCUUUCGUUCUACUUUAUCAUACAUUUCAUUUACUUCUGUUAUACUUUUUUUUAUUAUUUACUUUUAUUCUUAAACAACAGCGAAGUGAGCAACAAAUACAACAAGUUACCAUUGAUAUACAGUUAAAGUCGAUCAACCGAUGAUAUACGAAAUAUAUCGUUCAUGCCACUUCGCAUUUCAGAAUUAUCUUUUUUUUUUAACUUUGAAUCAUUCCAAAUAUGAAUGGAGCGGAUUUUUUUUUAUUUAGUUAUAUUUUUUCUUCGGUUUUGAUUUUUGUGUGUUCAAUUUCGAAGCCGGGCCAAAUACAUAUCUUUUAUGUAAAGCGCUUUUUAUCUUUUCCUGAA